AUGAGAGAAGUAAUACUGGCGGUAUAUGGAAUGACAUGUAGUGCCUGUGUGAAUACGCUCACUACUCAGUUACGCGCUUUGAAGGGUGUGACAAAAUGUUAUAUUAGUUUAAUGACUAACGAAUGUCAGGUGACAUACGACAACGGGAUCACUACUGACUCUAUCAAGCAAACUAUAGAGGACUGCGGGUUUGAUUGUGAAAUGCUAGAAGAUACUGAUAUUACCAUCAGAAGUGCAAGAGAGGGGUUAUUGAGUGUACAAGGUAUGACAUGUGGGUCUUGUGUUUCUACAGUCACCAAACAAGUAAAAACCAUCGAGGGUGUAGAAUCGGUGGCAGUUUCGUUAGUGACGGAAGAGUGUCAUGUCAUUUAUGAUCCGUCCAAGACAACACUAGAAACUGUCAGAGAAACAAUCGAAGAUUGUGGGUUUGAUUCGAGCAUUAUUAUAGACGAAAGUGGAAAGACAGACAUGAUAGAAAAAACAGUGGUUUUGAAGGUAUCUAAGAUUUCUGAGGACGAAUCUCCGCUUGUACUUUCUUCACUUAGUGAAAGACUUCAGUUUUUAUUGGAGUUAGGCGUAAAGUCAAUAGAAACUUCCGAUGAUUUGCAUACACUUACAGUUAAAUAUAGUUCCAAAGAACUCGGAAUUAGAGAUUUGUUGAGCCACCUUGAAACUACGGGUUAUCAAUUUGCGGUUCUUUCUAAUUUAGAUAAUACUACUCAAUUAAGAUUACUAUCCAAAGAGGACGAGAUAAGGUUUUGGAAAGAAAACAGCAUAAAGUCUACCCUUUUGGCCCUUAUAUGCAUGCUAUUAUAUAUGAUUAUUCCUAUGGUGGCGCCAACAGUUGUCCAGAACCACAUCUUUCCUUACAAAGAAACUUCCUUUGUAAAGGGUUUGUUUUAUAGAGACAUUUUUGGCGUUAUAUUGGCAAGCUAUGUGCAGUUUGGCAUUGGUUUUUACUUUUACAAAGCCGCUUGGGCCUCAUUUAAACACAGUUCUGGAACGAUGGAUACACUAGUCUGUGUUUCUACCACUUGUGCAUACAUAUUUUCUGUGUUUUCUCUAGUCCAUAAUAUGGUUCAUCCCUCAGAUAAUGGUAAACUUCCAAAGAUCGUUUUCGAUACAUCGGUCAUGAUCAUUUCAUACAUUUCGAUUGGGAAAUACUUGGAAACUUUAGCUAAAUCACAAACAUCAACUGCCCUUUCCAAACUAAUCCAGUUAACUCCUGCUGUAUGUUCGAUUGUACCUGAGGUAGGCUGUGACGAAACCACAGAAAUUCCCAUAGAAUUAUUGCAAGUAAGCGAUAUAGUAGAGAUAAAACCAGGGAUGAAGAUUCCGGCCGAUGGCAUCAUAAUAAGAGGUGAAUCUGAAAUCGACGAAUCCUUGAUGACUGGCGAAUCCAUUUUGGUACCCAAGAAGGAAGGCUCUUCGGUCAUUGCAGGUUCCGUCAACGGACCUGGUCAUUUCUAUUUUAAGGCUACGACAGUGGGAGAGGAAACUAAAUUAGCAAAUAUUAUUCAAGUAAUGAAACAAGCACAGCUGAGUAAAGCUCCCAUUCAAGGGUAUGCAGAUUAUUUGGCUUCAAUUUUCGUCCCCGGAAUUCUGGUCUUGGCACUGCUAACUUUCUUUGUUUGGUGUUUUAUUCUAGGAACCUCAACUAAUCUGCCCAUUGUUUUCAGCUCGAAUACUAAAGCCGAUAAUUUUUUUGUUUGCCUGCAAACUGCUACAUCUGUAGUUAUCGUUGCAUGUCCGUGUGCAUUGGGACUUGCUACACCGACUGCUAUAAUGGUAGGUACAGGGGUUGGAGCUCAAAAUGGCGUAUUAAUAAAGGGUGGGGAAGUGUUGGAAAAAUUUAACAGUAUCACUACUUUUGUUUUCGAUAAAACAGGAACCUUAACUACUGGCUUUAUGGUUGUGAAAAAUUUUCUUAAAGAUAUGAAUGUGAUUCAAAAACUGAAUGAAAGCGAGGUAUUUGCUUGUAUCAGAGCAACCGAAUCUAUCACUGAUCACCCCGUUUCAAAAGCAAUUGUAAGCUAUUGUGAUGGUUUACACUAUCAAAAGGCUUCAAAUGCCGUUGUUUUAGAGAGCGAAUAUGUGUUGGGGAAGGGAGUUGUCUCAAAGUGUGAAGUUAAUGGAAACACUUAUGAACUUCUUGUUGGUAAUGAGGCGCUGAUCCCGGAAGAAGUGUUGAAAAAGUCCAAAAUUAACUCCAAUAACGUAGAUCAAGGAAAUACUGUAUCUUAUGUAUCCGUCAAUGGGCAUGUUUUUGGCUUAUUUGAGAUUAAUGAUGAAGUUAAACAUGACUCCUAUGCAACAGUCCAGUAUCUGCAAAGAAAUGGAUAUGAAACGUAUAUGAUAACUGGUGAUAAUAAGUCAGCUGCAGAGAGGGUUGCUAGAGAAGUAGGUAUAAAUUUCCAAAACGUAUAUAGCAAUGUUUCGCCCACAGGCAAAUGUGAUCUCGUGAGAACAAUUCAGGAGAAGGAAGGAAAAAAUAAGGUUGCUGUAGUCGGAGAUGGGAUUAAUGAUGCUCCCGCCUUAGCAUUGAGUGAUCUUGGUAUAGCGAUUUCGACCGGUACCGAGAUUGCUAUUGAAGCAGCUGAUAUCGUUAUACUGUGCGGCAAUGAUCUAAGUACUAAUAGCUUGAGAGGAUUGGUCAACGCCAUUGAUAUUUCGUUAAAAACGUUUAAAAAAAUAAAGCUGAAUUUAUUUUGGGCACUUUGCUACAAUAUAUUCAUGAUUCCAAUAGCUAUGGGAGUGCUCAUUCCCUGGGGUAUAACCCUUCCUCCAAUGCUCGCCGGCUUGGCGAUGGCAUUCAGCUCCAUCAGUGUUGUUCUCAGUUCAUUGAUGUUGAAGAAGUGGUCUCCACCAGAUAUUGAAUCUCAUGAGACUUCAACCAUCAAGUCUAAGAUUUCAAUUAAGAAUUUUUGGUCAAGGCUUUUUUCGAGUCGAGCGAUCUCAAGUGAGCAAGACAUAGAAUCGCAAGCUGGGCUAAUGUCAAACGAGGAGAUCUUGUAA